AUGCAUCUUUUCAGUACUUUCAUAUUGGUCAUCUUCAUUGUUGCCGUGGUCCAAGCUUGUGGCUCGAAAGGAUCACCAGGGCCUCCAGGACUAGAUGGACAGGAAGGGAAACGAGGUGACAGAGGACCGCCAGGACGUGAGGGACCAAAGGGAGAGCAAGG